AUGGCGGGUCACGGGAGGGGGCUGUCGCCGCCGCACAAGCCAUCGCCUCCGGCGCACAAACCACCACCUCCGGCGCCAAAAGCUGCUCCGCCGCUGGCUAGGGCCGCGCUGCCCCAGCCCAAGGCCGCGUCGUUGCCGGCCAGGGCUGCGCCGCAUCAGACCGGGCCGCCUCGGCACCGGCCGGCUCCGCCACUGCAUCAGGUGCCGCCGCCGCAGGUUGCGCGGGACGGCCGAUACAGGGUGUCGGACGCUGCCCAUGCUGCUGCGGGUCGCGGGGCCGCCUCUGGUAGGGAGAACGCUGGUGGCGGGCAUGCUGGCCGUGCUCCCCCCAGGGGCGUUGGGGUGAUAAUGGUUUCGAUGUCUAUGGGGAAGGCCAACAUCGGCGCUCGUCUUCGGCUGGUGGUGGCCAUGGAUACGCCUGGAAAAGUGAUGGCUUGGCCAACUGCCCGUUCCAUGCUCCUCCGGGCAACUUUGUGGAGGGAGAAACAGGCCCGGAUCAGUCUAUGUUGA